GCUGACCUACCUUCAAAUAUUUUAGUGUUGUUCUUGUAUAAUAUAUGCAUCUCCUUCACUACCAACUAAUUACACACACCCCUUUUAUUUCCUCACUUCUCCAUCAUUCAACACACAACUGUCUUCUAGUAAAAGUACCAUCCUUCACCUAAUACCAAUUUGUUCCGUUUCACGUCCUUGUGACUAUGGUUAACCAUCCAUUAGAAUGGCGAAUUAACGUGCCCCAUGCAACUACUUCCACCGUUUUAGUUCCCCAUCCUUACUGCUCCCCACAUAUUAGAGUUUGUACACUGCCUCUGGGAUUUAUCAUGGGAUUUCUAACCACUAUUUGGGGCUUCCUUCAAAGGGCUUGGAUCAUUGCUGUUACUGAGCCUAACAAGUUAAUGCAUUGUCUCAAAGUUGGAUUGGCUCUUUCUCUUGUCUCGCUCUUUUACUACAUGAGGCCUUUGUAUCAAGGAGUUGGAGGGAAUGCUAUGUGGGCUGUUAUGACUGUUGUUGUUGUCUCCGAGUACACUGUCGGCGCCACACUUUCUAAAUCUGUCAACAGAGCAACUGGAACUUUCUUGGCUGGAGCACUAGCGGUUGGUGUUCAUUGGGUAGCUACCCAAUCAGGAGAAAAGUUGGAGCCCGUAAUUCUUCAAGCUUCUGUUUUCCUUCUAGCUGCUGCAGCCACUUUCUCUCGAUUCAUUCCAUCGAUAAAAGCAAGAUUUGAUUACGGGGCAAUGAUCUUCAUCCUCACCUUCAGCCUGGUAUCAGUUUCAGGCUAUCGUGUCCAAAAAUUGUUCAAACUGGCUCAUGAUAGACUAUCCACUAUUGCAAUAGGGACCUCAAUCUGCAUCCUAAUAAGCAUGCUUGUGUGCCCUGUUUGGGCAGGAACCGAGCUCCACAACCUUAUCAAAAACAAUAUGGAAAAGCUUUCAGAUUCCCUGGAUGGAUGUGUAGCAGAAUAUUUCGGAAAUGAUGUCAAGUCCAACAAUUCCAAGAGUGAAGCUUCCCACAAAAUAUUGCAAGCCUACAAAUGCACGCUCAACUCCAAGGCUACUGAAGAAUCCUUGGCUAAUUUUGCCAGAUGGGAGCCUGCUCAUGGGGGGUUCAACUUUGGACAUCCUUGGAAAGAGUACCUCAAAGUUGGGGCUUCACUCAGGAGCUGUGCUUACUGCAUUGAAGCCCUUAAUGGCGGUAGCAUCUGUUCCGAUGCUAAGGUUCCUGAUUUCCUCAAGACACAUUUUGGCAAGUUCUGCAUAAGAUUAAGCGCCAGUUCUUCAGCUGUGUUGAAAGAAUUGGCCGUUGCUAUCAGUACAAUGAAAAAAUCAUCAAAGAUAGAUGUUAUGGUUGAAGAAAUGAGGAAUGCAGUUCAAGAACUUGAGAAUGCCCUGAAAUCCCUCUCUAGGCAACAAAUUGCAUCAACUGAAACAAAAACAGGGGACUCGGUCAAUGACAUAGGAGAGGGAAAUGCGAGUCCAGUAGUAGUAACUCUGGCCGAGAUUGUUCCAUUAGUCACGGUAACUUCAUUGUUGAUAGAGAUUGCAGCAAGAACAGAGAAAAUUGCAGAGGCGGUAAAUGGACUGGCAGACAAAGCAGAAUUCAGAGUUGAAAGUGCUGAAAAUACAAAAAAGAGCCAAACCCAGAAAGUUAAACAGAUUAGUGCAAAAGAUGAGGACGAGAAGACAAUGAUGACCCUUGAGAAGGUCUGAGCUUCUUAGCAUAACCCAAAAAAUGCUUGUUUCUUUUUGGGUUUGUAAGUUCAUUUUAGACACUGUACAGCAACGGAGAGUUACUGUUUAUUACUAUAAUACAAAAAUUUUCUAGAAA